GUUAUCGAGUUAUUCAACAAAACACGUGCUCUCUAUUAAUGUAAACAAUAAUUAAAUGAUUGAUAAAGUUGUUUGACUUAAUUACAUGAGAUCUAAGACAUUGAUCCGAUUGAUGUCAACCGUUAAUAAUAAUAUGAUAACCGACACAAACAACAUACAGUUUGUUCAGAAAUACAAUGCAAUGAGUGGUCAAUUUGAAUGGCAGAAGAAAUCAAUGCAAUCAUUUGAUUAUUGGCAGGAUUUGGCCAGAAGUGCAUUCGCCGAUAUGGUCAACGAUGGCCAUCGAAAUCAAUUGUACUAUAAGGCCAUACAAAAGACAGUCAACCAAUUGAAAAGUUGUAACAAAGAGAUACUCGGUCUGGACAUCGGCACCGGUACUGGUCUGCUUUCAAUGAUGGCCAUCAAGAGUGGCGCUCAUCGAGUUGUUGCGUGUGAUAUCUCAGAACCGAUUGUCAAAUGCGCCCAAAAUAUUAUCCACAAGAAUGGCUUUUCCGAUCAAAUAAAAGUCAUUAAUAAACAUUCAUCUGAUUUGACAAUUGGGACUCAAACUAGCGAUUUGCACACAAAAGCAGACUUAUUGGUUGCAGAACUGUUUGACACCGAAUUGAUAGGCGAAGGAGCUAUAGGUGUGUACAGACAUGCCGUUCAACACUUGUUAUCUCCGGAAGCACUUCUGGUGCCAUCGAGAGCUCGUAUUUAUUGCCAAUUGGUUGAGUCGGAUAAGUUGUUUUCUUAUCAUCAGUUUAGUAAUGAAAUGAAGGUUAAUGACGAUAUUACUAUUGUUUCGCCACAAAACAUUAAAUCUUGUGCCGGAACUAAUGUCUUACACGACAUUCAAAUUAAUGAAUUAAAACCAAACGAUGACUUUAUUAUUGUAACAGAGCCUGAAGUAGUGUUUGAAUUUAAUUUCAAUGAUAUAACAACUCUUGAAUCUAAUGUUAGUAAAACAAUUGAAUUUAAACCAAUUUGUGAUAUAAAUGGUUCACUUGUGCUAUUUGUUUGGUGGGAUUUGGAUAUGGAUUUUGAUGGAGAAAUUGUCUUGAGUUGUGGUCCUUAUUGGACAUACAAAGACAAUACAGUGACGGCAAAGAACAUUCCGUGGAGAGACCAUUGGAUGCAAUCCGUGUAUUAUUUGUCAGCAGACAAGAAAGUCUAUGAUAUAAAAAUCAAUGAAAUAUUUAAAUUGAAUGCCAAUCGCGAUGAGUAUAGUCUUUGGUUUAGCGAUUAUAAUGAAGAAGACAAGUCUAACAAGUUCUGCAAAUGUGGAGUUCAUAUGUAUUUAAGCCGAACCAGAAUAUCGAUGAUUAACGAUAUCUCACGUCUAAAACUUUACAAUCAGUCCAUUGAAGAAAUUAAUAACAAUUUAAAAACUGAAUCAACGAAUGCUUUAUUUAUUGGCGAUUUCAGUCAUUUGCCAAUUGUUGCCACAAAACACAAGAAAAUUAAAAAAGUUUUCUGUUUAGCGAGAGAUCAACAAACCGACGACUUUAUUACAUGUUAUUCAAAGACUAACGGAUGUGAAGAUAAGAUUGAACUGAUCCAUGAUUUUGAUUGUAUUGAAGACGAUAGCGUUGGUUUGGUAUUAGGUGAACCAUAUUUUAACAAAAGUGAUUUACCGUGGAAUCACUUGACUUUCUGGCAUCUGAUCCAUAAUAUUCCCAAAAACAUCUUAACUCAUGAUGUCGUUAUUAUGCCCAACAAAGCUGUUAUUAAAGCGAUUCCAAUAGAAUUCGACAAUUUAUGGAAAAUCAAUGCCGAAGUUGGAGAUAAUGUCGAGGGUUUUGAUUUAAGUAUUUACGACCAAUUGAUUAAAGAAGCAAAAGUUAUGAGCGACUCAUCCAUUGAAUCGCAAUCUCUUUGGGAAUAUCCGGGAAAAGCAAUCGCUGAGAAACCUUAUGAAUUGUUUUCAUUUAAUUUCAAUCAACCAAUUGAUAGUCUAAAUGUUGCCAAAGCUUUCGUUAAGUUUGAUAUUAGUAAUCAUUUACCAAAAUUAAACACAAAAUAUAUAGCAAUUGUUUUUUGGAUUGAUUUCUAUUUAACUGAUAAAUUAGUGGAGAGUUCGGGACCUAUGGAACCUAUAGUGUGUGGAAAGUAUGUCAAUUGGAACCGACAUUAUAGACAAGGAGUCUAUUUUGUGCCUAAUAUUGAUUAUCUAAAUAAAGAUAAUUUGUUGGCAUUUAUAGCAACUAUUGAUAAAACUGAGACCGAAUUAGUUUGUCAUUUAAGUAUUUAAUCAAACAUUUUGUUUAUAAUACAAUUUUUUUUCUAACUUUUAUUGUAUCGUAUUUUCAAAUAAAAUAUUUAAAA